UUGAUUAAUCCGGCUGUGACGUCACCUGGUUGCGGUAGCUGCCUCCAUGCUGGAGUUGAUGUAACAGGCGUGUGGCUUGAUCAUUGUGCCGGUGUUUUAGAUUCAUUGAUCGGAUAAACGGCGAUCAGACGGAUCUGUCAGCAGACAUGUCGUACUGCAAACAGGAAGGUAAAGAUCGCGUCAUAUUUGUCACUAAGGAGGAUCAUGAAGCACCCAGUAAUGCUGAGCUUAUCGAAGAUGAUCCAAAUGAUCCGUAUGAGGAUCGCGGUCUCAUUCUCCCUAAUGGUGAUAUAAACUGGAACUGCCCGUGUUUGGGCGGUAUGGCCAGUGGCCCUUGUGGACAACAGUUCAAAGAAGCCUUUUCUUGUUUCCACUAUAGCAAAGAGGAGUUAAAGGGUUCAGAUUGUGUGGAAAACUUCCGGAGUAUGCAGGAAUGUAUGCAGAAAUACCCUGAGCUCUACCCUCAGGAAGAUGACGACAGCGCCCCCUCUGGUGGGGCCGAUAAUGCACCCACUGCAUCCACUUCCACUGACUCUUUUCCUACAUCCUCUCCUGAUUCCACACCAGCAACCACAAAAAACCCAGCAGCUAGCUAAUAUUUAUUUUAGUUUCAUUCCCUCCACACCUCACAGCGAAGACAACUCCACUUUCGAGUAUGAAGAGAUAAUAUCUAACUAUGCCACUGGAUCAAUGCUCUCCACCUGACUGCAUGAUGCACAGAGAUGCAGGAAGCCCUUAAACAUCAGUUUUUGUAAUUAAAAACAUCCAAAUGACAUUAAUAUGCACUUAAGGGACCUAUAAAAAAUUAGUUUUGAGGACCUGUAUGAGUGGCAGAUGAGUUUGCACUUGGCCUGUGCAACAUUAGCUGCCAUUUGAAACAUCCGGCUUUUUAUUUUUCGGUUAUUAUUUGCUCCACAGUCUAAGCUAAGCAUGUGUGAUUUGUGUUCUACAGCAGAUCAAAGGCCAUUUUGAUACUCCAGAUACUCCACUAACAAGUCUAUAAACAUUUCAUGUGCUCUUUUUGUUGUAGAACAUGAUUAAUCAAUUUUAUGACGAAGAAAUGUUCUGUUGCUGAUGUGUUCGAAUGCAAGUAGCCCACGGCUGCAUACCAAUAUAAACAUCAGGGUUGUGAGUGAGCGAACUAGUAGCCUUGUCAACUGAUGAUGAUACAUUCAUAAUUUGUUGGCGUUCACUAUUAUAAUGGUGAAACAAAUACACAUUAUAAACGAGCAGAUCUUCUGUUUAGUAAGAACAUGCAAAUAUCUUUUGAUCCAAAGACUGGUAGGUUUUGUUCAACUUGAAGUAUCUAAACAUCGAGGGCUGUUUCUAGGUCCAUUUUCAACACUUGCCAACAUUAAACUGUUUUCAAUUGUGCUGAUAUCAAAUCCUUUUGUAACACUGAAAUAUUAAGCUUAUGUUGGUUAUUAUAUAUUCAGUCAAUGGAAUUUACAAAUCUAGCUGUUUAUCAAAGAACAACUCUUGGGUAGGUUUGUCAUUUAAAGCCUUGUUGUGAUUUUUCAUGAUUUGAUUAAACAAGAAACCUAAUCAUC